AUGUACCUUGUUAGAGGGAUUUCAGCGGUAUUGAGAUCUCGGACAGCUUAUGCUGUUGUGUCUGAACUCAGGUUUUAUAGUGUAGCACCGGCUGUAAAAGGCAACUUCAAUAUCGGUACUAUUGGACAUGUUGAUCAUGGGAAAACAACGUUAACAGCUGCCAUUACUAAAGUUUUGUCUAAAAAAGGUACGUUGUAUUAUUUUUUUUCAUUUGAUUGUUUAGGCAAAACCAAGUUUGUCAAGUUCGAUGACAUUGACAAGGCGGCGGAGGAAAAGAAACGUGGUAUCACUAUUAACAUAGCCCACAUCGGAUACGAGACCAACAGUAGACGAUAUGCACACACGGACUGUCCUGGACAUAGAGACUUUAUCAAGAAUAUGAUUUGUGGAACAGCUCAGAUGGAUGCUGCUGUUCUUGUCAUCGCAGCUACUGACGGAGUAAUGGCACAGACCAGAGAACAUAUUCUGCUAGCCAAACAGAUAGGGUUGAAGCAUAUAGUUGUGUUCAUUAACAAAAGCGAUCUUGUCGAGCCUGAUGAUCUUAUGUUAGUUGAGUUGGAGGCUCGAGAGUUGCUGACCGAACACGGAUUCGAUGGUGAGUAACUUUUAAAAUAAAUUUUGGUAACAUUUUUUGGAAUUAUAGAAAUUUGAUGAAAGCUUUUUUAAAAACUUGUUAAAAGGUUUUAUCUUAAACGUUAAUGCUAACGUCUGUCUUUUAGGGGACUCAGCACAUGUUGUCACGGGGUCAGCAUUGUUGGCGCUGGAAGGUAUUGACACAAAAUCAGUAGAAGAGCUUCUCAACGUCUUAGACACACUUCCUGAACCAGAAAGAUCAGAAGUAUGUUUUGUUUGUACUUUUCAAAGUUUAAAAUUAAUCACAUAACUUUACUUUUAUUACUUAAAAUAUUUAGAAUGCCGAUCUUCUCCUUCCGAUCGCUUCGGCUGUUCAAAUCACUGGUCGAGGAACGGUCGUUGUUGGUACAAUAGUGCAAGGAACAUUGAAGAAAGGUGAUCAAGUUCAACUCAAAGGCUUUGACAAUGACGUGACGUCAGUUGUGACAGACAUCCAGGUAUUCAAGAAGAGCGUGCCUCAAGUGACUGCUGGAGAACAUUGUGGAGUGUUAUGUAGAGGAGUGAAGGCAUCUCAGACCAGAAGAGGAAUGUGGCUAGGGAAGCCAGGAACUAUUCAAGCUACCAAUGUAGUCAAGUGCAACAUCUAUCUAUUGUCUGCUUCAGAAGGCGGCAAGAAGACGGCCAUCCGACCUGGGUACACAGAAAGAGUUUUCUGUUCUACAUGGGAUGUUAGUGCCAAGAUUCACUUUAAGCACGACAUGCUGAUGCCUGGAGAACACACGGAAGCCGAGCUGUUCUUCGUUAACGAUGUCCCCAUCAAGAAGAACAUGUCAUUCACGAUAAGAGAAGGCCGCACGAAGACUGUAGCCAGAGGCGUUGUGACAGAUUGCUGUGAACCUAUGGUUAUCGACUCAGCUUUUAGAAACUUUAAUAUGGAAGAAGCCUCGAAGAAGAUAAAAGCCGUUUGA